CGCAAACGGGUUUAAUAAUCAAUGCAAUCCCUGUAAUAAGCGAUCAAUGUAAUGGAACGGAAGUGCUCUUUGGCGUAGCGUUGUUGCCCUCACGGAAUGUUUGCUGCGUUGCGUUGUCUUUAGGCCGUGGGAGACAAAAGUAAAAAUAAAUUAUAUCCGAUGCAGUGAGAAACCUCCCAGUGCCAGCGCCACGGUCGAGUGAUUUCUUUCUGUUUACUCUUUACUGAUUUGGAAAAUUGGGAUAUCUGCUCGCGACGAUCUCGAGUUUAUACCAGCAAAGCAAAUGAAAAUGAAGAUGCCCGACAACACUAUCGGCGGUAGUAGCUCAAAUAGCUACAAUCAUGCAAACUUCAACGCUGCCGUAGUAACGUUAAACCAAAACGUUGGCCGUGGAGGUGGCGAUGGUGACGGUAAUGCUAACAAUGGGCCAGCCUACUACAGUGAUCCGUACGAGUCGGAUGCGGAAAGCAUUAGCACUCCUCCGACCGAGGACAACUCGGAACCGGCGGGAGAUGACUUCGCGGAGUACAUGUGGAUGGAGAAUGAGGACGAGUUUGACGAGCAGGAAAUGCAGCGACUGGAGGAGGAAGAGCUUAUGGACCAGUGCAUUGAAGCGAUGAUGCAGGACGAACUAGCAGCGGCUGAGCGGAUGGCGGCAGCAGCACUCAUGGGAAACGUUCCUCGAGAAAGUGGCCUAAUGAACAUUCUGUCUAGUCUUCAAUUAGACAAAGAACAUCAACAGCAGCAACUGCUGGCGCUACAACCGAGAAACGUGAAUGUGGAAAAGUCGACACUGAAUCCAUUGGCCGCCGAAUUUGUGCCAUCGUUGCGUCCUCUGGUCGCUCCGAUACCCUACUGAACCCCCCAUGGCUAAGUAAAACGGUAAAUCAAACCUAUUACACACAAAUCAUCUCAAAAAGGUACGCAAAUACUCGAAGAAGAAAAAAAAUUACGUAAAAAAUUACCAGAAAAGUGGAAAAUGUUCGCAAUUUUGGUAUGACGGUGGGGUGAUGCUUACGUUUUGAGUACUCCCCCAAGUCAGUUGCAAUAUUUAUUUCUAUCACUUUCUUUUCCAUAAAACCCUUCUGCAGGCGAAACUGCACAAUCAACACAUGCGGUACUGAUUUCGGUGUACUUUUCCAUGAAAAGUAAUGCUUCUUGUAGUUUACACUUUCUAAAGCAAGCUUGCAUAAGGACAAACACUUGCCCAUUUUCCCCUGCCAUUCUGCCUUUGUACUUAAUGCAGAGCGAACGACUGUGGAGUAAAUACGGUUCAAAUACGGUGAUAGUAGAUCUAUUGUUCGUAACAAAAUCAUCUCUCGCCAUCCUUGCGCUCGUGGCCAUCAUUCACAUGCGUAAUCAUGGCGAUGGCUCGAGGAGCAGCUGUAACAGCGUUUGUGCAAGUGGUUCUAACCAUACUCGGCGGUGCUUAGAAAGUGAGUUAGAGCUCUUAAUGCGCUCAAUAUCUUACACUAGCAAUGGGAAAAUUCUUACUACAGUGUUUACCCGUGGCCACGAAGCUAAUGCACCAAGUCAUCAUGUAUAUUUUGUGAUUUUUUUUAUACUCUACUACUCAAACAUAAUGCCACGAUUGAGUUGAGUACUGUAAGUUUUCCGUUUUAUCAAUAGCCGUUUCUGUGUUGCCUCUUCUUCAAAACAAAACCUUUCACAAGAGCCUAAUCUAAGGAUUGUCUUCAAACACUCAUUUCUGGUGUACAAAACGCAGUCAAACUAACGAAAGCCACACCUGGUAACACUUAGGAUUAAUGAAGUUUCGAACAAACAAAAAAAAAAAACAAACAAACAUCUUGGCAUCUCCCCUGAUAGAUUGUUGUUAGUGAUAAGCAUUGAACCCGCGGGUCCUGCGCCCGCAAAGUAACAAACAAAAAAAAAGUUUAAAAUUCAACUAAACAGUCUGCUGUACGUGUUGUUAGUAUUAAUGGUUGUGCGUGGAGGGUACGAUUUAGUAUCAAGGGAGUACAGAGCCCUAGAUUGGUGGAACUUGGCGGUCUCACAAAUAGAGCGUGCAACAGCAUUCUUUCGCCAUGAGAAAGGAUAGUGUUUCAACUGUGAUACGAUUAUCGUUGACUCAUAUCCACUUUGCAAGUUUGUAGUAAGAAGCCAGUGGCUGACGCGCGACUUUUUGUUUAUCUUAGAUGUUGUCGGUUCUCCUGUGCGCAUUUUUCCUUCCCCAUUUCGUCACUCUUCUUCAUAUGUAGCUGUUAGGGAUGAAGCGGCUGGUAGCAAAUUCCAUUCGAUGGCAUUUCAUGCUGUUGCAGUGCUUUGACUACAGCCCUUACCGCUACGCUCGAUAAAAAAUUCAAACGCGUGGAUAAAAGAAAAACCAAUUUCAUUUGCAUUUCAUCGAUAACCACCCCGCUCAUGUGGGAAGAUGUUGGUUCACAGAACCACGAUUAUAAGAUUGGACCGAUAAAAGGAGUUUCAUGAUUUCGUUCCAAGCCAAACGUAGGAUCGCACCAACAUGACACGACAAUUAAUCCUAGUGCUGCAACAGCAAACGAAGCGAACAAACAAAAAAAAAACAUACAUUUAUGAAAUUAGCGCAAAAAGGUUAUCUAGA